GAACUGCGCCUUAUCAGUUCUGUCAGAAACACUUUCUGCAGCGCGUCAUUCGGGUCUGUCGUUAUCGGUUUACACGAGUGUGUCCGACUCUGAACUCUUUAUUAAGUGAAAAAAUCUGAUUGAGAUAUCGAUGAUCGGUGUUCUCGCGCUCUCCGGCGCGGUGCUCGUGUGCGUGCUCGCGGCGCGUCUCGCCUUCAAACGACGCGCGUUGCGAUGCUUCAAUCAGCCGCCGCAAAGAAACUGGAUUCUGGGACACAUGGGACUAAUGGGUAAUAAUGAAGAGGGUUUACAGGCCGUGGAUGAAAUAAUCCGGCGGUAUGUUCAUUCAUGUGCCUGGUAUCUCGGUCCGUUCUACAAUAUGGUUCGUCUUUUCCAUCCAGACUAUGUGAAAUCUCUCCUGACGGCCUCUGCUUCCAUUACAUUCAAAGACAGGAUCUUUUACGGCUUUAUGAAACCCUGGCUGGGGAACUGUCUUCUGCUGCAGAACGGUCAGGAAUGGUCUCGCCAUCGUCGACUUCUGACUUCAGCUUUCCAUUUCGACAUCCUCAAAAAAUAUGUGCUUAUAUUCAAUCAGUCAUCCAACAAAAUGCACGAUAAAUGGCGUCAUCUGCUGGCGGCGGGGCAGAAUGAUCUGGACAUGUUUGAGCACAUGAGCUCAUUGACUCUGGACAGUUUGCUGAAAUGCACCUUCAGCUGCGACAGUCAGUGUCCGGGAAAGCCCCGUGAAUACAUCGCAGCCAUUUUGCAGCUGUCCACACUGGUGGUUCAGAGACAACAUUAUCUCCCUCACCACUGGGACUGGCUGUACUGGCGCUCUGAACAGGGCCGGAGGUUUCGCAAGGCUUGUGACAUCGUGCACGGCUUCACCGCUGACAUCGUGAGAGAGCGACGACUCCAACUCGACCAGCAGGGAAGUGCAAAGAGCCGCUCUGCAAACCAGGAACACACGGGAGGAUACAAGAAAAAAGACACCGAUCUUAUCGAUUUACUGCUGUUGUCGAAAGAUGAGAACGGCGAGGGACUCGCCAACGAGGAGAUUCAGGCACACGCGGACAUGUUCAUGUUUGCGGGUCACGACACCACGGCCAGCGCCCUCUCCUGGAUCUUCUACAAUCUGUCCAUGCAUCAGGACUAUCAGGACCGCUGUCGUGCGGAAGUCACAUCACUGCUGCAGGACAGAGAGACGGACGACAUCACCUGGGAUGACCUCAGACAGCUUACAUUCACCACCAUGUGCAUCAAGGAGAGUUUGAGGCUUCACCCGCCCGUUCUGGCUCUGACCCGAUACUUCUCGCAGGACAUGAAGACUCCAGGCGACCUUGUCAUUCCACAGGGAAGUUUGUGCUUGAUCAGUAUUUACGGUAUUCAUCGCAAUCCUGUUAUCUGGAGCGAUCCAGAGGUGUUUGACCCCAUGCGCUUUGAUCCACAGAGGCCAAAGGAAAGGUCACCUCAUGCUUUUAUACCGUUCUCUGCAGGACCCAGGAACUGCAUCGGUCAGAACUUUGCUAUGGCAGAAAUAAAGGUGGUGGUCGCUCAGACGCUGUCAAGGUUCAGAAUUCUGCCCGGACCCAAACCGGUGCGCCGUCUCUACAACCUGGUCAUGAGAGCAGAAGGAGGAAUGAUUUUAAACUUUCAACCUCUCGCGCUGUCUCAGGAUCAGUAACUUCCAAAAAAAACUGUGAACAUGGGGAGCGCCCUUAUACAUUUUCACUGUGAUUUAUAUAAAUGUAGUUUUUUUAUAAAUGGCAUGUUAAUUUAAACACACAAAAAUAUAAUAUUUGCUUGCUUGUUGAUUAAUAAAUAUGUGUGCAAAUGUUCAUGGAAAUAAAAUAUUUCACACAGUA